CUAGAAUCAGGAAAUUAAAUGAAAUUAUUAAAUUCAGAAGGAGCGCGUGUAUCACGCGUAACUUAGACGGCCGUUGACAACUACAAUCUAACGGACGAAAUAGUUUACACGGUUACACAGAACUCACACGUAUGAAACCUUAAAAAAAAAAGUAAAAAAAAGAAAAGAGAGACUUUUGUCCACGCGCUAAACUUUGUAAUGUACACAGCGCUAAAUUAUUCCCACCACUCGCGAGUCACGAAUCCGCUGUGGAAUUGAUUUCCCCUUUUUAUCUCUUCCUUCGUAUAUAUAAUAUAUAUAUAUAUAUAUAUAGAGAGAGAGAGAGAGAGGAAAGCCAGAGAGAGAGAGAGGAAAGCAAAUACUAUUUUUUGUGUGUUUGGUCAGGGAAAACAGGAUUUUGAACCGUUUGCAGAUACAGAUCUGACUUUCAGAGUAGGUGUUGUGUUCUGUUGUAAAGUAACAUGACGAUGAUGGUGACGUUACGGCAUCGUUGUAGGCGGAUUUGGAAGUUAUGACCUUAGGAAAACCCUAGCAGAAAGUAUAACUAGUAUACCAUUAUAUCUGGGCAUAUAAUUUAAAGAAUGGCGGAAGGAGGAAUAUCAAGCUUUUGGGGUCCUGUAACAUCUCCUGAGUGGUGUGAGAAAAAUUAUGCGUAUUCUUCUUAUAUUGCAGAGUUCUUUAAUACCAUAUCAAACGUCCCAGGCAUUCUAUUGGCAUUCAUUGGCCUUAUAAAUGCACUGAGACAACGGUUUGAGAAGAGGUUUAGUGUACUUCACAUAUCCAAUAUGAUACUUGGCAUUGGGAGCAUAUCAUACCAUGCUACAUUACAACGCAUGCAACAACAAGGUGAUGAAACGCCAAUGGUGUGGGAAAUGCUUUUAUAUUUCUACAUCCUUUAUUCACCAGAUUGGCAUUACCGGAGUACCAUGCCCACCUUCCUGUUCUUCUAUGGAGCUGCAUUUGCUGUCUUCCAUUCGCUGGUUCGUUUUGGAAUUGGCUUUAAGGUGCACUACGCAAUACUAUGUCUUCUUUGCGUACCCAGGAUGUACAAAUAUUACAUCUACACAAAUGACGUAUCUGCAAAGCGGCUUGCAAAAUUAUAUGUGGGUACUAUAUUUUUGGGAAGUCUAUGUUGGCUCUUUGAUCGAGUUCUCUGUGAUGAAAUUUCAGGAUGGUCUUUUAACCCGCAGGGACAUGCUUUAUGGCAUGUCCUCAUGGGCUUCAAUUCAUAUUUUGCAAACACAUUCCUGAUGUUUUGUCGUGCUCAGCAAUUAGGAUGGAAUCCAAAAGUUGUCGACUUGUUGGGAUUUUUCCCAUAUGUUAAAGUUCGAAAACCAAAGACACAGUGAUAGAGUUGGAAGUAGAGUGGCGUCUCUUUUCUCCCCCCAUUUGGAGGCAGAUAUAUAUGGUUUUGGCAGAUUAACAAAAGAUAGCGGACACAAUUUUUUUUGUUUUUCUUUUCUCUUUUAAGUGGAUGUAAAUGAUAGUUGAAUAUUGAGAUGGUCAGUUGGAUUUUUGGUCAACUUAAGUUGUACUAUUAGUGGUUUUUUUUAGAAAGAAAAUGUAUGGUCAGUAAGAUGAAAUUCUGGAUAAAUAGGUCCUUUAUUCUACAAACCUGACCAUGUAAAUUCAUUUAGUUGUCACCUUCCCGAUUUCUUAUGAAGAUCAUUUGAGAGAAACUAAAAUGUAGAAUUUCUGUGAUUUUCAACAAUGUCUAUGCCCGUUGAAUGUGAAAGGUUCUAUAUGAUACUUACUUGGCAGCCCGUGUAA